AUGGUGGAAACUAACCUCAGCAGCCACCUAAAGGAUACUGCAGCAGCAGCAACCCCGAAUCUAGAAGCACACCCAGCGGAAGUAGCCGCUACGCCAAAGGAUCCAAACGCAGUAUUUUCUGCUGCUGAAUACGUUGCAACAACUGAAGAUGCAGAGAACUUCCUUGAGAGGGCCGAAGAAGUGGCAGAACGGGUGAAGGCCAUUCUUAAGGGCGACUUAACCCCUGAGCAGCUGCAGCAGGAAGAUCUUCGAACGCAGCAAGAGGAACGGCGACGGCAGCUGCAGAGGCGAGCCAGAGAGAUAGCUGCAGAAGAGAGGGUGAUACAGCAGCAGGAGCAACAACGCCGCGGGAAGGAGGGAUGGGGUCUCCCUUCUUCCAACUUUGACUGGUACUGUCCCCGCUGUAGAGUUGAGUACAAGGCAACAAAAGAGCAUCAAGAGGGUCAGUCGUGCCGGCAAGAGCAGCAGCAGAUGCACAAAGACCAGCAACAGCAGACGCACAAAGACCAGCAACAGCAGACACACAAAGACCAGCAACAGCAGCGGCUGCUGCGGUGCUAUCGCUGCGGUGGCGAGCUUCAGGAGCGCAAGAACAGGCUAGAGGUGCUGCAGCGUCUUCUGGCUGAGGCACAACAGGAGAAGCAGCGGGUGCUGUGGCGACGGCAAAAGCACCAUCAACUCCAGCGCACAAAGGCAAUUGUACGCCGCCACUCAACGCCAGCUUCAGCAAAAGUGGCAGCAAUCAAGCCAACCGACUAUGAGAAGUGGCGGUAUUAUGAGCCUGAGAGCGACGAAGAGGAGAAGCAGCAGCAACAGCAGCAAUUACUGCAGCACACGGCACCUCCAGACACACCUGAGCUGCAUCAGUUGGAGGAAGACAUAAAGCGGAGGGAAAAGGCCCGCGGAGGACAGCGACACCGUGCCGCAGCUCUCCUUGCCGCUGGACGGGUGCAUGCUGCAGCUGGUCGGUGGCUUUUAGCGGAGGAAGCCUUCGCUGCGGCAGUAGAAGUAAAGCCGGACUCCCUACCAGCGCUCAACAAUCGUUGCCUGGCGGAGCUAAAGAGGGAAAAAUGGAAAGAAGCAGAAGUUACGGCAUCAAAAAUCCUUGAAAUCUGCGAGCUAUUUGAAAACGGGUACACCAAAUCCAGAGGCUUGUGUUACAAGGCCUUGAUACGUCGUGCGUUUGUGAGGCGUCAACUUUUGAAGAUAUCAGCAGCAGCAGAAGAUGCAGAAGUGGCGCGGCAGCUAGUGCCCAACCCAACGGAAGCAAAUGCUUUAGCCAGUGAACUCAAGGUUCUCUUGGAAGCAGAGGCCGAAAAGCAAAAGCGGCAGCAUAAGAAUAUGGAAUUGAUAGAAAAUGAGCAACAGUCAAAACAGCAGCAGCCGGAGCAGCACAGGCAGCAGCAGGAAACCGUGGAUCCUCAAUGUGCAAGUUGGCAGGAUCACGAAGGCUCUGCGUCUGCUGUUGUAGCCGCUACCUCAACAAGCGAAACAGCAGUAGCUUCGAAAGCAAGCACGCUAGCAGAAAACUCACAAACGACGACAGAACAAUCGGGAACAAAAGCAGGCAAUGCAGAAGGCACAGCAGGGGCAGCAGCAGCGCAACCAGCCGGAGGCUCGGUCCAAGCGACAGCAUUAGAGAAAGCGUUUGCUGCUGUGUUUCAGGAGCUGCAGCAAUGCGGCUGUAUGUUACGUCAACUGUCACCUUCUACUCUCUCCACCCUAUUGCAUCGCAUCAAAACGCUUCCCGAGGCACGCGUUUUGUUGUGUACGCUGGAGCCCUGUGCAACCACUGGUGCUGGAGCAUCAGCGGCAGCACCGCUGCAGCUGCAAAUGCCCAGGGGGCCAGCACGGUGCCUUCUCGACUUUGCGCUGCAAGACAUUAGGCUGUAUGCAAUGGGCUUGAAGAAAAGGCUGCAGCAGCACGACCAGCAGCAAAGACCGCACCAGCAAAGGAAGGAUCUGAAUCGUGGGCUUGAGGCAACAUCCGAUGCUACAGAAGAAGCUAAGCAGCUGGAAACAUGUGAAAGCACGAGCAACAGCACGACAUGCUGCAAAGAUGCCCUAAAGCUGCUCUGGCUGCUGUGCAGCAGCAACAGCCCCCCGGCACUUUAUGAAUCCCUCAUGCUGCCUGUGACACACAACCUCUUGCUGCUACUUCAAGAUCCACAGUUUACUUGCACGACUGCGUCAUUGCUCGCUGAACUGUCCGUACACUCCAAGAUCAGGAAGGAAAUGGCGCGUGUUGCCGCGGCAGAUGACACAAUGGCGGGAUUGAUAAUUCACUGGGGAGCAGCAGCCACGCCGGUAACAACAGGCGGCUCUGUUUGCAGCCAAGGGUCGCGGUGCGCUUUGGCUUUGCAUCCUCAAAUCUGCUGCCGCGCUAACUCUGUGCUGUACCAGCAAAACGAGAAGCAGAAACAGCGAUUGCUGGUAGCGGCCCGCAGGUGUCUCUGCAACUUUUCCCUAGAGGCUGCGAUGAGGGGGGUCUUGCACCAACACCUGGUGCAACAGGACCAACAGUGCAACGCCGUUCUACUGCUUGCGCUGCUUCCUACGGCAGAAGAAGCUGAACUAGCCUUAAGAAUAGCAGACAAGUCAGUAGCAGCAAUGCACGCAGUGAGCAGUAAGCUGGAUGUGCUGCUGAACCUUACCAAACACCCCAAGAUACGGCAAGAGAUAUGCAGUAGCAAGCCAGCGACAGAUCAGCUUACGCUGCUACUGCGCGUGCUCACCAGCCCGUUAAGCAGCAGCUUUGUUAGUGACAGCAGUCGUACUAAGAAGGGCGGCGAGGAUUCGCAGCAGGAAACUGUGCUUGCUGACACCGAACUACCUGCUUCGAGGCUCCUGCUGCAGUUAAUGACCCCUGGCCACUACCGGCUGCUGCUGUUAAACCAAUUUUUUGGACUCCUUCUCAAUGUCACGACUGACGCUACUGCAGCAACCUCAGCAGCUGCAGCAUCACAAGCGUCCCUUGCUGCCAAUAGUGCGGCCUCUGCUAGGGCACUCCUGAAAGCCUUCUCCCUCUUGGAGGUCGCAUCGACCACUGCUGUAGCCGUCUCAGCAACAGCAGCACUAUCACUCACAGCAGAAACGAGCUUGGAGUGCGAUGCAGAUGCUGCGACAGCAGCUGAACAGCUGCUGGCACGUUCCCUCUCUAUCGCUGCGCGUAUUCUGCAGCAGCAACCACAAACAUCAGCUCCAGCCGCGACGGCAGUUGACACCCCUACAGCCAUUCUUCAAAUAGAAUCAGCUGCAGUACUGACUUUGAAGGACGCUGUUGGCCGCGGCUGCUGGAAUGCUGCAGCGGCCGCUGCAGUUCGGGCACUUUCGGUGUCUGCUCAGCACCAGCAGCUGCUACAGCGGGCAGCAGCAGAAAGCAAAACAACAACAGUAGCAGCACCCUUCAAACAGGACUCUGCGCUGUUUGCACAGCAGGUGCUUCUCAAAGACUUAGUAUCACUCUUGCAGCGGCUGCUGGAGCUGUUAAUCUCGGAAGGGUGGCGGUCAGUAAAGCCAGCGCCAACGGUACAAGAUGCAGUCGAACAACCAGUACCAGGAGAUGUAUUUAGCGCCCUUGGUAAUGCCAUGGUGCUUAGCACAAGCCUUUUGCGCAUGCAGCUCAACUCAGAUCAGAAGCAGUACGACCAACAAUCGAGUGACAUGCUGCUGCCGCUACUUCAAGCAGCAGCACAGGCACUGGACUUCGAGCAACAGCCGCAGGUUCAACGAAACGCAGCCAUCUGUAUCGCAACAGCAGUGCAAAACUCCGAAAUUUAUAAAAACCUUUUGUGGCGACCACGGUGCUGGGAUUUCACUGUCUCAGGCCCUACCUUGGGGUCUUCCGACGGAGUUGAUUCUCCCCCAGGGUUUGAGUUUCUCGCAGAUGGGAUAGAGAAGGAGAUAGAGUACCUCUCAUCCCUUCGAGAGCAACAGCAGCAAGCAGCAGCAGAUCCAGCAUUAAUAAAAGAACAAAGCGGUCCCCCCCCCACCCCCGAGACGGUCGCACUGCUGCAGCGGAAGCUGUGGGACAGUGCGAUCGCCCCAGGAAAGGCUUUUGCAAUGAACUUGCUUAUGCUAUACAUGGGCGGGGGCAGCGGGAUCUUCGGGGUGCUCAUUUUGGUGUAUGCGUUCCAUUCGUGCAUCAGGACACUUCUUGGGGUGUCGGCGCAGUUCAGGCCCUUCUCUGAUAUAAAGGAACUGAAGUAUGUCUGGGCAUACAAGUGCCUGUAUUCCCUGGCGAAUGCUAAGGACUUGUGGUUUUUGGAGAUUUGGCGACCUUCACCCAAAUCGCAUGCUUUUGACGGUUUGAAAGCUGGGGCUAUAAAACUGAACCGUAGAUUUGCUGUGCUACACGCAAAAACAGCACAUAGUCGCCGCUGUACUAAACCUCUCAGCACUCUAGCCUACGUCCUUCUAAACAACUUCGGGCCCCGUGCCAUGCCUCUGCUCGGGGGUUACAAGAGCAGUAAAUCAGUGCUGCACUAUCAUGCAAAUCCAAGACCCUAA